AUGGAUCAGCCAGCAGUCGAGCUGAGGGACCUGACCUUCACGUACCCCACUAUUGACGGCCAGCCCCGCCCAGGCGACCAGCCCAUCGUCCGCCAGCUCUCGCUGCAGCUCCCUCGCGGGUCAUGCACUCUCCUCCUGGGGGCCAACGGUGCGGGCAAGACCACGCUGCUCCGCGUCCUGGCCGGCAAGCACAUGGUGGACCGCGCUGCGCUGCAGGUCAUGGGGGAGCCGCCCUUCCACGCCACGCACCUCACCACCUCCAACCGCUUAUCCUACAUCGGGGGCAACUGGGACCAGGACGUGGCGUUUGCCGGGUACAGCCAACCCCUCAGGGCCGACAUCAGCGCCGGCGCCAUGCUGGAGAACGUGCGGGGCGUGGGUGCGGCUCGCCGCGCGAUGCUGUUGGAGGUCAUGGACAUCAACCCCGCCUGGCGCAUGCACCUGGUGUCCGACGGGCAGCGUCGGCGUGUGCAGAUAGCCAUGGGCCUCCUUCACCCCUUCGAGGUCCUCUUGCUCGAUGAAGUGACGGUGGACCUGGAUGUUCUGGCUCGCUCCAGCCUGAUGGCUUUCCUGAGGAGGGAGUGCAGGGAGAGGCAGGCGACCGUGGUGUAUGCCACCCACAUCUUUGACGGGCUGGACAACUGGCCGACGCACAUCCUCUUCCUCAGCCAGGGCCAGGCCAAGGUGUUUGAGCAGGUUGAAAACAUAGCAGAGCUGAAGAGCUUGCGUCUCAUGACGUGGGUGGUGAGGUGA